AUGGAUGCGGAUACCAUCGGAUUAUCAGAAGCAUAUUUCACGCGCGAUAUUCAUAACUAUUUUCCACAAUCAAGAAAAGCUCGUGUGAAAACAUCGAAUAGUGAAAAGCGACCGAAAUCGAUUAUAAAUUCAAAUCGAUUACUGAAGAAUAAAUCUCCUCCAUUAUCGUCUUACUCGAUAAUACUCACAACAGCAACAGAAACAAAAUCGCUCAGUCUUCCUCAAUUACGUCAAACUACAAGCGUAAGUAUUAAACGAGAACAUUCAUUUGGUACACAAAAUGCAGAUGAUAGACAUUUAAUUCAUAGUGCAGGUAUACACGAUACAGCUCUUGAUUCUAAUCAAUAUUAUGGCAGUUAUACAAUACCAAGAGUAAAUUCAUGGGUACAACGAUGGAAAACCAAUCUUGAAAUGCAUACAUUAAGUAAUUUGAUGCGUGAUGAUCCAAAACAAGGCACAAAAAAACGCUCUACUAUAGGCAAAUAUGAGUACGAUUUUCAGAGUGAUUCACUUUUAUCAUCAACAGCGUCAUUUAGUCAAUAUAAGACGAAGCGAAGUUGA